AUGUCCCGACUCGGAACAUCUCAACCUAACAAUAACAAUAACAAUAACAAUAACAAUAACAACAACUACAAUACCCGUCACAAUAAUCCAAAUACUUAUUAUUCUUCUUCUCCCUCUAGUCCUUAUACUACUUCUUCCUUACCUCCUCAUAAUGUCCCUCAAAAUUAUCCCAAUCAUUUUACCACCCCACAAGCUGACCAACAACAACAACAACAACAUCAUCAUCAUCAGUAUCAGAAGCAACAAAAACUGCAACAACAACAACAACAACAACAACAACAACAACAAAAACCUCCUCCUAAUCCCUUGAUCUGUGGUCUUUGCAAAACUUCAAAAAAGGCUCUCUACUGUCCACGAUGUGUUGGCCACCAAUGUCUUAAACUCCGCAUCCAGUCUACUAAUACUCUUAUACGCAAAGAAAUUCUGGAAACUGCACUUACCAGCGCUUCUCCAGAUCUCCGCAACAAACUCUCAAAAGCUGGUAUCAGCGACAACUUUUACUCAUCAUCAUCUUCUUCUUCUUCUUCUUCCCAAAACCAUGGCAUUGGAGUUCCUCCUAUUUCUCCACAAGCUUUAGCAGCAACCCAAAGUACCCCACAAGCACUUGCAUUUGCCAAAAAACGCUUACAAGCUCGGAUCGAUAUUCUUAACAAACAAAAGAAAUCAAUUGAAGUUGCUACAAAAGAUUGUAAACUUAAGGUCGCACAAAUCCGUGCAAAAGUUUAUCAUCUCCAUGAAACAAUAACAACCACCCAUAAUUACAUGGCUAAAUCCCAAUCUACAAUGGCCAAUAAUAAAUCAACCUCCUUAGAUUACAAAACAAUACCAUUACCAUCUAACCUACCCGGGAAAAAGGACUUACGAAUAACAUCAACCCUAGACUCUGAAACUUCAAGAGCUUGUAAUACCCUAUUCCAUAUCUUUAACAUUGUCCAGCGUCGCAAACGCGACUCUUCUUCUGCAACACAAGCCCGUGCCCACCAUCACCACAAAUCAUCAAUCUCUUCUUCUUCUUCUCGCAAGGUCUAUACAUGCAUUGGCAACUGUGUCGUACCCUCAGUUCUUGCCCUUGCAGACUACCAACUUCUCACAGCUGCUGCUGCCAUUGACCGCAUCGCAUAUCUUACCCAAUACUUGGCUGCAUAUCUACGUACCCCGCUACCCUAUCCCAUUGUGCUCCCAUCGCGCGGCCGGCCGUUUGCGUUGAUUGGCAUUCCAGGGAUUUCGUCUUCAUUUCUUUCCGGGCCCUUUCAGCGUCGGUCACAGAGUAGUACUAGUACUAGUAGUAAUACUAAUGGUAGCAAACCUGGAAGCUCAGGAAGCUUGAAUGGUGGUAUUAAUGGUAACCGGGGGAAAAUUGCAAAAGCUGAGGCCUUGGCUGCUGAAGUAGGUCAAAUACUACUAAGUGGUGAAAAAAUUAUGUAUGGACCAGUGUCUGGAGUCGGCGUUGUGGCAGCUGCUACUGCAGCUGCUCGGGCCCGUUUGGAUCCCAAUCUAAUGUCAAUUGAUAGGCCAAAAUCACAGGAACAAAAUGGCGGUGGCAAUGGCGGUGGCUAUCUAAACAAUAACAAAGCCGGUAGUAACACUGGUAGCCUGGAUGCUAGUGAGUUUCGCAAAACAGCUUCAGCACUGGCCAUGCUAUGUCUUGAUUUGGCAUACCUGGCAGCCUUGGUGGGGAUCCCAGUGGAAUAUUCGACAACGUGGUCGCGUGCUGAGCGUGGACGACGAAGAGUGUCUGGGUAUCAUGAUGAGGAAGGAGAAGAAGAAGAGAUUCAUACCAAGAGUCGACGGAAAGGAGGAAAUUUAGCCACUGAAUUUAUAGAUGAGAAUGAUGAGGAUUAUGAUGGAGAACUAAUUGACGAUGACGAGUUUAUAGACGGUAGUGAGGAAACUGAAAAGACAGAGAGUAAGGAAGAAAAUAAAAUAUCAGUAGCAGCAGCAGCAGCAGCCGGAGAUGUCUCUACGCUGGGAGAAGAUGUGGAUGAUGACGAUACGGGUGCUGUUCUUGUGGGAGGUCCACCGGUGGUUUCUGUAGGAGGUACAGCAACAACAACUAGUACAUCAUUAUCACCAUCAACAUUAGCAACUAAACCUCUUUCUGAAAAUGGUGCUGCAAUACAUGAAGUAAACCCUCAUUAUAAACGACACCAUCACCAUCACCAUCAUCAUCAUCAUCAUCAUCAUCAUCAUAGUCAUUACCAACAUACCAGUGGUUAUAGCAAAAGCAUAAGACACAAGACAAAACACGUGGCAGACAAACAGGGUGACCCCCAAGUAUCAUCGUCGUCCUCAUUAUUAUCAUCGUCAUCGUCAUCUUCAUCGUUGGUAACUCCAGGAACAGUUUUAACAAAAGAUAAGGGGAAACGAAAAAGUUCAUCAAGCUCUACAAUACCUGCAGCAACAGUAAUCAAACCGAUCCAUAUAUUACAUCUGGAUGAUAUGUUAAUUGCUCUUAAACAGGUUCUUACCCGUACCGAGUGUCUACCAAAUAAACAUUUGCUGGAAAUGUCACAACAACAACAACAACAACAACAACAACAGCAGCAGCAGCAGCAGCAGCAGCAGCAGCAGCAGCAGCAGCUGUCAGAGCCUGUGGUUUUGAAAAAGGCACAUGCAUUAAGAAUCGGAACUACUCCACCGCCAUGGGGAACUACUUCACAACAACCACAAACUCCUCCAGGUACUCGUCCUGCCAGUAGAACAAACUCAACACGACCCUUGUCACGGAACAAUAACUCGUUCUCAACCUCGUUUACGUCCACGUCCACGUCCACGUCUUCAACCUCGUCUUCGUCCACAUCUUUGGGGACUGAUCAAGUGCCUGCAGUUAAUACCCAACAAUGGCCAUCAGUUAGUAUGCUUCGAGAUACAAUUAUUGAGUACAAUGCAGACGAAUAUUUUGAUCAAGAGUCCGGGCUUGUAUCUACUGGUUGGAAUCUAGUUGCCCGGAACUGA